GCCUUCCCAGGCUUGCUCGACACACGCCGAACAGAUAUUUUGUCCAGUGCUGCUUCUUGUUGCUGAGAAUCAUGAACCAGUAGUUGGUUUUCAUUCAGGAAAGGCGUGAUUUGGCCACGGUUUUACUGUUUUAAGCAGUUUUUUCCGUGUGGGAUUGUCUUCACGCUUGCACUUUGGGGCAUUAGGUUAUGCUGUUGGAGAAUCCGUGGAUAUUCAGCUUCGUGCUGCUGCUCGAGUUGUUGCGAACCGUGGUGUAUCACCUCGAAACAGAAAUUUUGAAGGACCUUGAGUGUUGAAGAUUCGAGUUGGAGUUGAAUUGGGUUUAAGUUUGGGGUUAAGCAUAAUUCGAGGGCCAGGGUUGUUGUGGACGAGCGGAGGUUGCGGUCGAGGGUGUGCAUGCCUUACCAGCAGACUGAGGGGAAUUUUAUGAGCAUGGACGCAGCCCGCUCCAGUCGAUCAUCUUCCAUUGAACGAGAUGAAACUGAAUACGAUUCCAAAUUGCGCAACGUUGAGUCGGUAGAGAACACUACAGCACCGGAGACAAGUGCUAUCAAAGGUGAAAGCUCUUCUCAACCAGCCUCUUCCUCACAAGGUCUCCCUGAAAAAUCUGACGCUGCCGGUAUUGUCGAUGAUGACAUGCGAGUGAUACUGAGGGCAAAAAUACAAGAAAGUGGAGUAGGGAAAUUGAGAGUUCCUGAAUUUCGCCCGUCCGGUUGUUGCGACUGUGAGGAGACGGAGAGCGAUGAUGACGAUCUUUGCAGCACUUCCUCUGACGACAGUGAGGAAUCAUAUAACCCCUUUGGAUCUGGAGUUAUCCCUCCCGUGUUGCCGGAUAUUCAACUCAGAGUGCCGAUGGAAGACGAGGUCGACGUUCAGAGGGUGAAAAAUGCUCUCAUGAUAAAAGGAGUACUAGAUGUCGUGUGUGACGAAGAGAGACAAAUUGUGACAGUCACGGGUAUAGUGCCCGCCAGUCGCAUCCUUAAAAAAGUUCGGAAAGUGAACAGGCAAGCUCGAGUAAUAUCUACUGCCAGUCCAUUUGCCGGCUUUAUAAACCCCAACUUCAGAUCUUCAACAUUCGCUGCUCUUGACGAAGAGGACUCUCAUGGCAACAAUGGCGGCAUCGACAUUCCUAUUCCCCGUUCAACACCCAACUUCGUAGUGCAUCAACAUCGACUCAGGCCUACGUUUCAAAGGUACACCUUUCAUAACAGUCCUCAUAGCCCCUACUUACGAACCUUCAGUCCAUCUGAUCUAAGCCCUGCGAACAGUCCACCAGAUUGUGUAACUGGCGAUGCAUACGACCACCAUCGACAGUUCGAUUCUAGCUUCUUCGAUGAUGAGCUAUUUCUUGACACCGAGUUUGUACUCUAUUAAUGGAAAGAUCAAGAGCUACUCGUCUAAAUUGUGGGUGAUUCCUGUAUUUACAUCACCCAGUUUCUCUUUUUCUUUUCUUUUUAUAUUUUUAUAGUGAUCCAUAUCAUCAGAGAGUCUUUAGGUUGAGGGUAACGACUUGGACAUGAACAGUGGUUUUUGUUUGUAACUAGCCCGGAAUGUGCAGUAAUAGGAUGAGAGUAUCCUGCUUGUGUCAUAGACGUCUAACAAUUUCUCGAUCCUUCUCGGAGUUUUAUACUCUAGUUAGUUUGUGCAGACUGGCGUACUCAAUUUUGACAGUAUUACUGAAAAACAGUGCUUGAAGUUCUCAGCUUUUGUUAUUGAAUAGCAAUUUCAGACUUGUUUAUACAAAUGGGUAUGUGUUGGAAGUGUA